AUGGAUGAAGUGCUAGUGCCAGAACAUGAAGAAAAUGAGGUGAAGAAUGACACAGAGAGUGUGGUGUCAGCACAUACUACCAAUGAAGAAAUCAAUGCUAUUCCUGCAGCUGGACAUGAGAAAGAAGAUGAAGUUGAAGUGGCGACAUCAGAUCACGAUGAAGAAAACUCUCCAGAAAGUCUGAAAGCUGCUGAAGAGCCCCCGGCUGAAGAUGUAUUCACCUCUGAACCAGAAGAAUACAGUGGACAUGAGCUCCCUGCUGUGGACAGUAACCCUACACAUGGAGAUUUGGAUGUGAAGAUGAAUAAAAUCAGUGAUCGACCACUAUCCCAUGAGGAGAGUGUUGUUUUUGAGAUCAACAGUAACGAUGACGAAGAACCUCCCAGACUGCAUCUUGACACCCCGUAUACCAGCAGAUCUGCACAUGAGGAGGCUCAAGAAGAGGAAAACACAGCUGCUCCUACACACAAAGAAGACAUCAACUAUGAUGAACGCCUGCAGGAGCUGAGUGAGGAGAGAGAUAAAGCCAGCCAACACAGCAGCCAGCUGCAGAUGAAGCUGGCAGAGUACUUCCGAAAGAAGGCCGGGGAUGACGCCCAGCCGGAGAUGGAGAUGCCAGUGUCAGAGCAGCUGCAGGAGUAUGAGAAGUACAUUAACAUCCUGUCUGAUCUGAAGCAGCAGCUCACCACAGACUCAGAGACAGCUCAGCAGCAGGCGGAGGAGCUGAGGCUGCAGAGCCAAGAGAAGGUGGACAAGGUGGAAGAUGAAUGGCGUGUGUUCAUGGCUCUGAAGCAGGAUGUAGCUGUGACUAUGCUAAGCAGACGCCUGGGUAAACAAGCAGCUCAGGCUAAAGUGGAGUCAACCCUGGCAGCAGAGCAGCUUCGGCAGGAUGAGCUUAUCAAACUGCGCCUCAAGCACAUUAAGCUGAGGAUCAGGAUUCAUAGGCUGGAGGCAGAGCUCUGUGAUAGGGAAGAACGUGCCAGGGACCCCCUGCAGAUCCAGUUUGAGCAGUUGCAGGCUGAGAGGCUGGAGCAGAAAAAACUAACUGAGAAGCAAAACGAGGAAUCAUUGAAGCUGCAGAAAAAAAUUAGCAGCAGCUUGGAGCUCCUGUCAAACGUCAAGGAGAAGCUGUACUGGAGCCACAUGGAGGUCCAGGCCAAGCGAGAGCAGCUUGCCGAUGUAGAAGCCACGGUGGCCAGAAAGAGGGACCUCCUGACUAGGACCAAGCAGGCCUGCAAUGGUCUGCAGAGGGACAACCUGAGGCUGAAGGAGUGUCGGGGACUGCUGGGGAACAGGGUUCUCCUGCAGGACUUUGAGGACACUGUGGACGCCACAGACCAUCUAGAAGAAAAACUGGAGAACCUGAAGUGCCGGCAAGCAGAGAUUGUCUUCAGCUAUGGCAGGCGGAAGAACAAGCUGGAGCCAAUUUAA